CAAAAGUUCCAUCUUUAACAUCUUGGACUCCUAAUACUACACCACUCCAGAUGGCCUAAAGGUAAGGAGAGACUCGUGUCAUCGCCUCAUGCUCAUCUCUUUUCUCUCUGAACCAAGAAACAAAAUAUUUUCGAUUCAGCGCGCGCCUUCUCUCUCUGCGUUUACCCCCUCUUUCUCUCCACCUCUCUCUAUCGCUGAGCACUGCGCGAUUCGACUUGGACUCAGCUCCGACUCAGUAUUGACCCGGUCGUCGAUCAUUCGACAUAUUGGAGCUUCGCCAAUUUCACUUGUCCAAACCCUACAUUAUUGGGCCGGAUUUGCCUUGUGACGUGAUUUUUUCGGCUGAAUUUAUAGGAUUCUUCAUCAAAUUGAUGAACUGGAACACUCACGACAGAAAGUAUGAGCAUUUUCAGCCCUGGUGAGGACGGAGGCAAGUCGUAGGGCUUGGUUUUCCCGAGUUUCAGGGGAGGAUACCAGUGACCCUUCCAUGGGCAAUGGCGGAGUUGCAUGUGUUUCUUCACAGCAUAUCAUGGAGCGUUUUUCUACCUGCAGAAGCAAAAUUAACAGCAAAAAAUUCUCUUCUCCAUCAUCUACUUCAUCUUCAAAGCAUGUGAAGGCUAAUGCGAAAAUGAAGCCAAAAAAGGAAAAUGGGGAUGUGGAGUUGAAUGAGAAAAGUGAAAUUAAAGAAGUCGAGAGUAAUAACUUUGACACUGUGAGUGAUGAAAUUGAGGAGGGUGAGCUAGGAACCUUGCCACCUGAGAAAGAUCACCAUGCUCUGGAGAAUCAGCUAGUUCAAAGGAAAUAUGAAAUAAGGAGUGAAGUUGAAAAGCUAGAGGUUGUGGUUGACACGUGGAGGGGAGGAGGAGAGGGUCAGAAGAGUGAGUAUUCCAAAGGGAAAUGGCAGAAAGGAGUAUCUAGAAGGUAUGCGGUGAAUAAGAACAAGAAUGGGUAUGAGUUGGAGAAAGGUGAGUUUUUACCUGAUGAUAAGUGGCGAAAAAGUGAAGCUCGCCCAGCAAAGGACGAUCACAGCCAUCCAAGGCCACACAGGGGGUGGAAGGUGGAGCUUGACUGUACUACACCACCUUCAACCAGGGACAAGGGAUGGAGAAAUGAUUACGAGUGGACACCACAAUUUUCUGAUGAUAAGUACUCUGGUGAGAAAGAGUACAUCAAUAAAAGUGGUGGGGGCCAGCAUGGGAAGAGAUCUUCUAGCUUUGUUAAAGGGAGGAAUCUGAGGAUUGGGUCUAAAAUUGCCAGCGAGGAAGCUUCCUUCAAGAAUGGGAUCAACAAUGGCAAAAACAAUGCAAAAGAGUACUCAUCUGGCAAUCAUUUGAAGCGCCACGGAACCGAUUCAGACAGCAAUGACAGAAAGUACAAGGGUGAGCAUGACGAGUUUUCUAGUUCUAAAUACCGCAAAGUUUCUGAUGAUGGCACACGUUCUACUCACACAACAGAGCACUCUUCACGCCUGUCUGUGGAUAGGUCAUACAGAACUGCUUCUUCUGGUCGAAGCUCUGUUACUGAGAGGCAUUCUUCGAGGAAUCAGGAUUCAUCUAGAGCAGCUCGUGAGAAGAACAAUGGUAGCCCUCAUCAUUCCGAGAGGUCCCCACACAGUCUGAUCCUUCAUCUCGAUUACCGGGAUCGUAGCCCAGCCCGCCGUGACCAUUUGAGUCAUCAUGAUGAUCACAGUAGGUCUCCCUAUGGGCGUAGUCGUCAUUCUGAUCAAAGGAGUAGCCCCAGUUAUUCUGGGUGGCCCCCACAAGAUCAAGCUAGACAAUAUGAUAAAAAAGACAGGAAAGCUAAUUUAAUGGAAAGGUCUCAACAUGCUCAUGGUAGGUCAGGCAUAAGUAAUAGGGAAACAUGCAGGAAAAGUUGGUCUAGCGAGAAGCAAGCGAGUCUCUUGGAAGGUAAACAUCUAGAGGAGAACCCUAACCCGAAGGGCUGCAGUGGAAAAGAUGAUGAUGUUUCUGUAAAAGAUUCUGAAGUUAAAAGGUAUCUGGAGAAUAAUAUUGGAUCAAUCGACAAAUCAUAUGCGAAACAGAGCGAUGGUGAAGAGUUGCUUCAGUGUCCUGCAGUGAGUACCAUGGAGUCUCUGAUAGAAUAUGCAGAUGUUGAGGAGGUCGUUUCCAUGGAAGAAGACAUGGACAUAUGCAAUACACCGCCACAUGUCACUAAGGCUUCUGAUGCAGUGUUAGGAAAGUGGCACUACCUCGAUCUGUCUGGUGUGGAACAAGGUCCUUCCAGCUUAUUUAGCCUGAAAGCACUUGUUGAAGAGGGCUUUCUUGCAUCUGAUCACUUCAUCAAACAUGUAGAUAGUGAGAGGUGGGUAACUGUUGAAAAUGCAGUUUCCCCAAUAGUGAGUGCUAAUUUUCCCUCAAUUGUUUCAGAAACUGUUACGCAACUGGUCAGUCCUCCUGAGGCUCCUGGUAAUAUCUUGGCAGAUAUGGGCGACUUUUCUCAAGAUGGAUACCAGCCUAGUGAACACAUGAUUGAGAAAGUGGCAAUGCCAGUAUUAUGCUCUAUAGACAGUUUCUGUGCAUCUGAUUCUUUAGAAGAUCUUUGUAUUGAUGAAAGGGUAGAGGCUUUACUGAAAGAUAUAACUGUUAUCCCUGGCAGGGAACUGGAGGUUGUUGGAGAGGUGCUUAAAUUGAGUUCCGAGCAUGGGCAAUGGGAGAGAUGGAAUGAUAUUGAAGGUUUCACUUGGGACCAAUCUCUUAUAGGCGGUCACUCUAAUGAAAGAAGUGUGAAGUGUGUGCCUGAGUCUUUGAUAAAAGAAUCCUCAGAAUCUAGGCCUAUUUUAACAGCAUUAUCUGAGGCAGAUAACAUAUUUUCACAUACUGACAAUGAUGAAUGGUUUUCUGGACAUUGGUCGUGCAAGGGUGGCGAUUGGAGGAGGAAUGAUGAAACUGCACAAGACAAAUCAUGGAAAAAGAAACUUGUUCUAAAUGAUGGGUAUCCUCUAUGCCAGAUGCCCAAAUCUGGGAAUGAAGAUCCAAGAUGGCACAAGAAGGAUGAUUUGUAUUACCCUUCACAGAGCCGCAGGUUUGAUCUUCUAUCCUGGGCUUUUACAUCUCCAGAUGAGGGGAUUGAUUCUAAUGCUGCAAGCAGAUCUGGUCAAAAUAAGCCUGCCAGUUUCAGGGGUGUUAAGGGAAUGGUGCUUCCUGUGAUCAGGAUAAAUGCAUGUGUGGUCAAGGACCAUGGCUCAUUUGUGCCUGAGAGCCGCACAAAAGCUAGGGCAAAGGAAAGAUAUCCUCUAAGGUCCACCCACUCAUAUUCAGCAAGCCGUGAUUCAAAGGGGCUAUCUGAAGAAGGUAUUUCUUGCACAAAGAAUACACAAGAAACAGAUUCAUGCACCUCCCACAAGAUCAGAUUGCCCUUGAGCAUUCCAAGAGAUCACAUUUGCACGUCUAAUGAGUUGCAGUUGCAGAUUGGUGAUUGGUACUAUCUUGAUGGUGCUGGGCAUGAAAAAGGGCCUUUUUCAUUUUCAGAGUUGCAGGUAUUGGUUGAUAAAGGAGUUAUCAAGAAAUAUAUCAGUAUCUACAGGAAAGCAGAUAAGAUAUGGGUCCCAGUUACUUCUCGUGAUGAGAGUCAUGAUCAUUUAAAAGAUCACAGGAAGAAUCAUGUGAAGUUUAAGGAUGCUACUGGAUCCACCUUUUCCAAGUCGAGUGAUGUGUUGGGUAGAAGCACUGGUGUUUCGAGUACAUUUCAUGAUUUGCAUCCCCAAUUCAUUGGGUUCACUAGAGGAAAACUCCAUGAGUUGGUGAUGAAGACUUACAAGAGCAGAGAGUUUGCUGCAGCUAUUAAUGAGGUCUUAGAUCCCUGGAUUGGUGCUAGACAACCAAAGGAGUUAGAAAAUUUUCAGAAAUUAGAUCUAUUUCGUGCAAACAAAAGAGCCAGGGUGGAGGGUAGUGAAGAUGAGUAUGAAUUGGAAGAUGAGACAUCAACCCUUACGAGGGACGAAUGCCCAUUUGAAGUUUUAUGUGGAGAUGCAACUUUCAACAAAGAUCUUGAUACUGAAUCUCAACUUGAAAGGCAGAGCUGGGGGUUGCUUGAUGGCCGUGUUCUUUCAAGGGUGUUUCAUUACCUUAAAGCUGAUAUAAGGGCACUGGUUUAUGCCGCAUCUGCUUGUAAACACUGGAAUUCUGUUGUGAAGUUCUACAAGGACAUCUCGAGGCAGGUCGACUUGUCAUCUGUUUCUUCACAAUGUACAGAUUCUAUAAUGAGGAGCAUAAUGAAUGGUUAUAACAAGCAGAAGAUUAGUUCCUUGGUUCUACGUGGCUGUGCCACUAUUUCCUCCAGUAUGCUUGAGGAUAUUCUUAAGUCAUUCUCCUGCAUUUUGACUAUAGACAUUAGAGGUUGCUACCAGUUUGAGAGUUUGUUUCUUAAAUAUCCAGAUGUUAACUGGAUCAGAAGCCAUGGUCCGGGGUUGAAAUUGAGAUCGCUCAAAAAUUUAACUGAUAAGACCUCAUCAUCUCAUGUAGAUGAGUCAUGUGGACUUAGAGAUUAUUUGGAAAGUUCUGAAAAGAGAGAUUCUGCGAAUCAGUUAUUUCGUCAGAGCUUGUACAAACGCUCCAAAGUUUUUGAUGCUAGAAAGUCCUCUUCUAUCCUCUCUCGAGAUGCCCAUUUAAGGCGUUUGGCGAUGAAAAAGUCUGAAAAUGGUUACAAGAAAAUGAGGGAAUUUCUUACUUCAAGCCUGAAUGCUAUAAUGAAAGAGAAUUCCUUUGACUUUUUUGUUCCAAAGGUUGCAAAAAUCAAAGAGAAAAUAAAAAGUGGAUACUACACUGUCCAUGGCCUGAGGUCUGUCAAAGAAGAUAUAAGCCGGAUGUGUCAUGAUGCACUAAAGAUGAAAAAUCGUGGCGAUUCCCUACAGAUGAACCGCAUUAUUGAGUCUCUUAUAUGUCUUGCUACAAGAUUGGAAGAAGGUCCACUAUCAUUUUAUGGAGAUGAGAUGCCACGAAAUUCAAAAGAUGACUCACCUCCAGGGUUCUCAUCUACUGCUUCCAAGUAUAGGAAGAUUUUUAAUAAAUCUUGUGAAAAGAAGUACAACAGCUCUAGUAAUGGACAUACCAUGGUUAAUAGUGUAUCAGACUUUAGUGAAUAUGCAUCAGAUCAAGAAAUAAAAAGACGCCUAUCUAAGCUGAAUGUAAAAUCAGUACACUCGGGUGACGAUUUUAGCCAAUCUUCUGAUGAAAGCAUGACUGACAGUAAGAGUUCUGCUUCUGAAACAGAAAGUGAUUUGGACUUGCGCUCAGAAGGUGGGGAAUUGGAAUCUAGAUAUGAUUCAUAUUUCACUGCAGAUGAUGGCUUUGAUUCCUUCACUGAUGACCGUGAAUGGGGGGCUCGAAUGACUAAGGCAAGCCUUGUUCCUCCAGUUACCCGGAAAUAUGAAGUCAUUGACCAUUAUGUUAUUGUAGCUGAUGAGAAAGAAGUCAAAAGAAAGAUGCUAGUUUCUCUGCCAGAGGAUUAUGAUGAGAAGUUUAGUGCUCAACAGAAUGGCAUAGAGGAGUCUGAUAUGGAAAUUCCUGAAGUCAAGGAUUAUAAACCUCGAAAGCGUCUUGGGGAUGAGGUGAUUGAGCAGGAAGUGUAUGGAAUUGAUCCUUACACUCACAAUCUUCUCCUUGAUUCCAUGCCGGAUGAGUCUGAUUGGUCUCUCCUUGAUAAGCACUUAUUUAUUGAAGAUGUGCUCCUGCGAACUCUGAAUAGGCUAGUUAGGGACUUCACAGGUAAUGGAAACACUCCUAUGAUAUUUCCUCUGAAACCUGUCUUUGAAGAGAUCCUAAAAAAAGCAGAGGAAAAUCAGGAUAGGAGAACUGGAGUGCUAUGCCAGGUCAUGCUUAAGGCAAUUGAUAGCCGUCCACAGGAUAAUUAUGUUGCUUACAGAAAGGGACUUGGCGUGGUUUGCAACAAAGAAGGUGGCUUUGGCCAGGAGGACUUUGUUGUCGAGUUCCUCGGUGAGGUUUAUCCUGCUUGGAAGUGGUUUGAAAAGCAAGAUGGCAUUCGUUCAUUGCAGAAGAAUAGUAAAGAUCCUGCCCCAGAGUUUUAUAACAUAUAUCUUGAAAGGCCUAAGGGUGACGCAGAUGGGUAUGAUCUAGUUGUUGUUGAUGCAAUGCACAAGGCAAACUAUGCAAGCCGAAUCUGUCAUUCAUGUAGACCUAACUGUGAAGCAAAAGUAACUGCUGUUAAUGGUCAGUAUCAAAUUGGAAUUUACAGUGUUCGCCCAAUAGCAUUUGGUGAGGAAGUCACCUUUGAUUAUAAUUCUGUCACAGAGAGUAAAGAUGAGUAUGAAGCUUCUGUGUGCUUGUGCGGCAGCCAGGUCUGCCGUGGGAGUUACCUGAACCUUACAGGUGAAGGGGCCUACCAAAAGGUCAUUGAGCAGUAUCAUGGAAUACUGGACAGGCAUGGUCUGUUAUUGGAGGCCUGCGAACUCAAUUCAGUUUCUGAAGACGACUACAUUGAUCUUGGGAAAGCCGGUCUUGGAAGUUGUUUACUUGCCGGGUUGCCUGACUGGUUAAUUGCUUAUUCAGCUCGUGUGGUGAGAUUCAUUAAUCUUGAGAGGAUAAAACUCCCCGAUGAGAUACUUAGGCAUAAUUUGGAAGAGAAGAAGAAGUACUUCUCUGAUAUUUGCAUUGAGGUGGAGAAAAAUGAUGCUGAGAUCCAGGCUGAGGGCGUUUACAAUCAGAGGCUUCAGAACCUUGCGCUAACUCUCGAUAAGGUAAGGUAUGUAAUGAGAUGUGUGUUUGGUGACCCUAAAGAGGCGCCUCCUCCUUUAGAGAGGCUUAGUCCAGAAGCAGCAGCCUCUUUCAUAUGGAGAGGGGAGGGGUCACUUGUAGAAGAGCUUCUUCAGUGCUUGUCCUCUCACAUGGACGACAGUGUGUCAUAUGAACUCAAGUCCAAGAUUCGUGCUCGGGAUCCUUCUCGGUCUGGUGACAUUAGCAAGGAGCUCAGAAAAUCAUUACUAUGGUUGAGAGAUGAGGUCCGGAACCUACCAUGUACAUAUAAAUGUCGGAAUGAUGCUGCUGCUGACUUGAUUCAUAUAUAUGCUUAUACAAAGUGCUUUUUUAGAAUAAAAGAAUACAAGAGUGUAACCUCCCCACCUGUUCAUAUCAGUCCUCUUGACCUCGGACCUGAGUAUGCUGAUAAGCUAGGGUCUGGUGUGCAUGAAUAUUGCAAGAUAUAUGGUGAGAAUUAUUGUUUAGGGCAAUUGAUAUAUUGGCACAAUCAAGCAAAUGCGAAUCCCGAUAAUAGCCUAGCCAAGGCAAGCCGUGGUUGUCUGACUUUACCCGAAGUUGACUCUUUUUAUGCUAAAGCCCAGAAGCCUUCCCGCCAACGUGUUUAUGGCCCCAGGACAGUGAAGUUAAUGCUAUCCAGAAUGGAGAAGCAGCCUCAAAGAGCAUGGCCAAAGGAUCAGAUAUGGUCAUUCAAUGGCAACCCCAAAAUUGUGGGCAGCCCUAUGCUGGAUGCGGUGUUGCACAAGGCCCCCAUAGAUAGGGAUCUGGCGAUCUGGUUGAAGAAUCGGCCUGCCAUUUUCCAGGCACCAUGGGACCGAUGAUAUUUUUGCAGUCAUACUGGAUUACUGGCCGAGGGAGUUGCAGCAUGCAUGUGUCAGUUAAUGGAGGGAUAUUUCGAUGAUUAGGUAUUUUUUUCGUUUCUUUUCGUUUCUUUUCGUUUCUUUUUCGUUUCUUUUUGUUUCUUUUUUGUUAUUUGAAGAUAGAGAGUAGGUAUAAGUGAUGGCUCGCCCCGUGUAGUCCAGGGGUUAUGGUGGGUGGUUGCUUCAUUCAUAUAUAUAUAUAUAUAUGUAUAUAUAUAUAUGCUGGCUCUUUUGCUGCUUCCAUUGUGUAUUCUUGUGUACAGUUCCAGUUCUAUUUUCCAUUCUUUUCUCUGUUUUGUAGUGUGUAAUUCCUCAUUUUAGGGGGUACGUUCUUGUUCCUUAAUUCAGUGAAAUAUCAUGAAGAAAAGAAAUAUAAUUUUUCUAUCUAAAAGGAUUAAUUUAUCAAUCUCAGAUAA